GAUGGAAAAGAAGCCAAGGUGGUAGUUCCCUGGUUAAGAAUGAGGAAUGAAAUUUCACCGGCCUCCAGAGUUUAGAACAUCAUCUUUGGCCAUUAUCUAAGCCCUUCAAGAUCUCCAGGGAUGAUGACAGCACCAUACAGUCUUCUCUAUGAGGCACCACAAGUGUUGACAUAGCCAUUGAACAAGCAGAUGUCCAGAAGGCUGCUCACCCGGUGACUCUCGACUUGCAUCAUUGGUAGAGGUAACCUUUCUUUUUGACCCAUGCAGCAGGGAUUACUUGCCACCAGAUGGAGGAAUGAUGAGCCAGGGAGACCCAUUCCUAGACCUGUUUUGGACCCUGAGAUGAGACGUUACAAGUUUGGUAUCCUCCACCAUCUACAUCUGUCUUCCUAUCAAGGUUGCUAGAGGAUUUAACCCCCUAUGUAGAUAAGGCGAGCCCCUUCUCUAUCAUCAAAGCAUGCACCAUCUGCUAGUCUUGGCAUCCUUUUGUCUUUCCUCUCUUCCUGGGAGCUCAGCAAUAUACCAAAGGCCAACAUACCCAGCAACACCACCACCUCUCCAACAUUUGCUGGACCCAAUAAACAAGAUUGUGCACACCCAGAGAGGGGCUACCGUCACCUUGCCCUGUGUUCUGAGGGCACCGCUCCCCCAAAACUAUAAGGUGAGAUGGAGCAAGGUGGAGCCGGCUGAAUACAUGGAGGUCGUGAUCCUGAUCACCAACGGGGCCCAUCAUAAGACCUACGGUCCGCUGGGCAGCCGGGUCCGCUUAAGGCGCAGCCACCGCUACGACGCCUCUCUGACCAUCUCCAAUGUGGCUCUGGAAGACGAAGGACGCUACCGCUGCCAGCUGAUCAAUGGCCUGGAAGAUGAGAGUUUGUCUCUUGUACUGCAGUUAGAGGGUGUUGUCUUUCCAUACCAGACCAGCCACGGGCGCUACAAAUUCAACUAUUUUGAGGCCAAACAAGCAUGUCAGGGACAGGACUCCAGGCUGGCCACAUAUGGACAGCUGUACAAAGCAUGGACUGAAGGACUGGACUGGUGCAAUGCAGGCUGGGUCAUGGAAGGGACUGUACAUUAUCCGAUAAUUAACUCCCGUGAGCCCUGCGGGGGCCGUCUCCUUCUCCCUGGUGUCCGGAGCUAUGGGUCCAAGGACAAGUCAAAGGAUCGGUUUGAUGCCUUCUGCUUCUCUUCCGCUGUGAAAGGCCGUGUUUACUUCAUCCGGGGCCACCUGAAUUUCAAGGAGGCCACUCAGGCUUGCCAGAAAGAUGGCGCCACUGUUGCCAAGGUUGGGCAGUUGUAUGCAGCAUGGAAGUUUUCCCAUCUGGAUCGCUGUGAUGGAGGCUGGCUAGAUGAUGGCAGCGUGCGCUACCCAAUUAUCACUCCCCGCACUGGCUGUGGGGGUCUCCCUGAUCCUGGUGUCCGCAGUUUUGGCUUCCCCAGCAAGUUGCGGAAGAAGUAUGGUGUCUACUGCUUUUCAGUGAAGUAGAGAAGAUGAGAGACAGAGGCUAAGAAGUGUUCUCCUGACUUGAGGGGACAACUACGCCCAACUUUGUUCCUUGGGCUUCGCACACAAAAUGGGUACUUUGUACAUAAUAUCUCUUUCCCAGGGAGGUGUUGAUGUCCAUUGUUUAACAGGGACUAGUACCUUUGCUAGCUCAGACUUUUCCUUUCUCUCUGCUGGAAAGCUAAAGAAGGAACUCAUGUUUCAGGCAUAUCUGAAUCAGCCAACUUUUCACAGCUGUAAACAUAUUUCAGAAGUACUUCAUUCAAGUUGCUCCUAGUCUGAUGUCUUGUCCCAAUUAAUACUACACUUUAAUCUUCCCAGCGAGGUACUAACUUCACCAUGCUGUCCUUUCACGCUGCAAAGGAGCACCUUGCACAAAUUUUCCAACAUGUUUUCCAGUCUGUCCAUUCUUCUGUCCUUCUUUCUACAUAACUACCAGGUACUUUUGAAGGUAUAAACCAGCUAUCUUAUUAUAACUUUUUCUUGCUGAUCAUGUAUACCCCCCAAGCAUUUAUUUAUUUACUUGAUUUAUAGUCUGUCUUUCUUGCUGAGGCUUACAGUGAAUUAUAAUUAAAAAACGACGUGCUAGAACAGUAUAAUACACGCAAGCAUUUUAUGGUCCUGGAGAGACAUCCCACCUGA